UGGUGACCUGGUCUUAGUUCUUGCGGCGCUUCCAAGUCCGACCUUCCAGAACAAACCACCCCACCACCCCGCCAUUAGCAAUCCCACGCAACCGCCGUCACAAGCUUAACUUCUCUUCCUCCUCCGACAACCCCGAAUUUCUCCAACUCAGCAACAACACCAAUCCACCACCAUGUCUUCUCUCAAAGGCCCUGCCCCCCAGCACCACGACGGCUCCAGCCUGCGGAUUGCUAUCGUCCACGCGCGCUGGAACGCGACGGUAAUUGAUCCCCUCGUCGCCGGCGCAAAGGCCAAGCUGCUCGAAUGCGGCGUCAAGGAGUCCAACAUUAGCGUCCAGUCUUGCCCUGGCGCAUGGGAGCUUCCCAUCUCUGUUCAGCGCCUCUUCUCCGCCGCCCAAGUCCAACAGGCUGCCUCCGGCGCUGCCUCGGCCACGGACUUGCUCGCCGCUUCCACGACCGACCUUACAGCUACAACCACGGCGACCCCAUCCGGCGCUUUCGACGCAAUUAUUGCCAUCGGUGUCCUGAUCAAGGGCGAGACAAUGCACUUUGAAUACAUUGCCGACGCCGUAUCCCAAGGCCUGAUGCGUGCUCAGCUCGAUAGCGGCAUUCCUGUCAUCUUCGGCGUUCUCACUGUGCUAACAGAGGAGCAAGCUAAAGCCCGUGCUGGAAUUGACGGGUUAGGACACAACCAUGGUGAGGACUGGGGCCUUGCUGCUGUCGAGAUGGGUGUCAAGCGUAACGAGUGGGCGUCGGGCAAGAUUGAGGGCUAAACCGUCAGAGCUAUGAAUAAAUGACAACAAAUACAAAGCUUUCAGAAUAAUAAAACUAUCCUUAAUUGGCUUUAUCUUAUAGUUGGUUUAGUUCACGGUUGCUCAGUAUUUCACAGGAGACACAGGCGUGAUUGGGUAAAUUAGUUAUAUUAUAGCCGUUCAUUGGCCUCAUCUAUCCUUUAAGCCCCAUGAAACUCCUCCGUGGCCACAAUUUUGCUUCAACUAAGUAAAUAUGUAAUAGGAGAAGAUAGAAAAUGAUCCAAAAUUCCCAAGUGCGGGCCCAUUGCUGCAAAAAAUAAAAUAAAAGAGGUGCGAAUAAAGCAAACAUGCUGGCCUUGAUAUCUCAUCAAGGCAAAUGCGCGAGGCCGCAGAAGAAGGUGUAGUUGCAAAAAAAUCAAACAAAAAAAAGUGAGAUAGGAAAUGAUAUGGUAUAAAACGUUGCCGAAUAUCGCAGAAUCAAUCCAUUGAUGGAUGUCUAGAUUACGAGGUCGUUGGCAUUGCUCUUUCUGCUUCUCCAGAUGGAUCGUUUCUUCUCGCGCUUGGUCUUCAUGGCUGCCCAGGCUUGGUCAUCGUCCUCUUCGUCAGAGCCAGCGGAAGCCUUGGGCAUGAUAUUGGCGCUCGUACGACUCGUCUUGAGAGGCUCUGGUCCCGUGGUGUUGGCACCAGACAUGAAGUUGUUUGCGUUUGUAGCCUCUCCAAUCAGAGGAGCUGGGAUAGCUUGAGACACUGGACGGUAUCGACCUGGCAGACCAAUGUUACUGCGCUCAGAGGGGGCAAUGGAAGGAGCGUAGCCAGUGGGCAUACCUCUGACAGAAGCUGCACCACUAGCAAUUCCACCCAUGAUGGAAGCGGAGCUAGGUUGGACCAUGCUCAUGGUGCGCAUGCCUGGGUGGAGGCGUUCAGGUUGUGGCUCACCAACAAAGGAGUGGCGGGCAGUCAGGUCUGUCAUAGAUUGUGUAGCCAUGUACUGAGUUGGGGAUGGAGCCAUGCCUUGCGGGGAGGCGCCGUUUUGGUUGAGUGCCAUCAUCUGCAUAAACUGCAUCUGCAUCUGCAUGAAUUGCUGCAUCUGCUGGUUCAUUUGCAUCUGAGCCUGUUCACCUGGGCUCAUCAUUGGCAUCAUUGGCAUCUGCAUGGGCAUACCACCCAUAGACAUUUGGGUCAUGCUCUGAGGGAGAGCAGGUGCGCUGCCUUGCAUCGCAGGCUGUUGGUACAUCAUCUGGUGAGGGAUGCCCAUGACGGGAUCAAAUCCUUGCUGCAUCAUAUUAGGGCUAGUGGAGUGGCCACGGCCACCGUCGAUGUUCGGGCUACCACGGCGCAUAGCUCUGGAGCGUUCUUCGUGGGCAAUAACACCUACAAGACCGCCAGGUGGGAGCAGGCCAGGACUGGGUUGCUGGUCGUGAUACGAUACAGUUUCGCGCAAAGGUGGUCGGCCGCCACUUGCGAAAGGGUCUUGUGGGAGGUUUCGAGCAAAGGCGGGCAGAGUUGAUGAUCGGCGGGCAGCCACGUUUGAAGGAGCGUCGCCCAUAAUAGAAGCUGGGCGGCUGGGUGGCUGGACAGGCCUCAUGGGACCAAUCUGGCUAAGUCUGCUUGCAGGACGGUUCCUGUUAGGAAAGCCGUUGGCCUGAAGCAGUGCCAGAGGUACUUCCUCAUCAUCAUCCUCAUCGGAAGCGCCAGGGAGAUUAGGCGACGGCGUCUUGGUAACGUUGAACUGAGGAGUGGUCAGCGAUGGUGGCAUACCGGCUCGGCUCGGUGCUGGAGACGGUUCGCCAGCGACUCUCAUCUUUUGUUGGCGAUAGUUGGCCAUUUGGGCUUCUUGUUGUCGGCGUCGAAGGGUUUGCUGUUUUGUCUUUUCAUGUUCAUCUUCCUCAUCAUCGUAGUUGACUUCCUCGUCGUCUUCGUCCUCCUUAGCAACAGCUUUGACAGUGGCGGUUGGCUUUGCAGGGCUAGCACCUCGUUCCUUGUCUUGGCGAUACUUUUCGAACUGCGCAGGGGUCAUGACUCUGUUCUUGGGCACAAUAGGGCUGCGUGGAACAUAUCGGUGUGUUACGCGGGCAAAUCGGGACGAGGUUUCGUCAAACAUGUUGUCCUCCUUGUGGAAGGAAGACGCAAUCGGGGAGGCAGGGGACGAGCUCUGUCCACGGUAGCUUGAUGGAGAGGCGCUUUCGCUGGACUGGUUCAGGAAACGCAUAGCAGAGACGCUAUCCUGGAGCAGUUUAGCAUCAUCGUCUGCCACGCUGGAGAGCUGGAAGUCGCCCAGUUGACGGGUAGGUGAUUUUUGGAAGGACAUGGCGCGGUCUUCGGCUACGGGGCUAGUGGGCGUUGCAGUGUGGCGCGAGCCUUGCGUAGCUGGAGCACGGUUGGUAACAGUUGCUACACUUUCUCGUUUUUGCAUACCGUCGAACAUGGCGCUAAAAUCAGAGCCAAGAUCAAUGGGGGCACCUUCAGUGCUACCGGUGCCAGGCUUCGCGUGAGAAGGAGACGCUGGGCCAUUGGCAGUGCCGGUCGGCGUUGUGCCAGCAUUCGCGGCAAGGUUCAGCAUAGGAGGCAAAUCCGGGACAGGCGGCUCAUCUUUGGGAGGUGGGACGCUGCCUUUUUUCGAUCCGAAGGAGAAGGUACGGCUGGCCUUGAAAAGCGAAGCGCUAAUGGACUUUGUGGAGGCUCCACGGGAUGGUGCCGUGCCUUGCGUCUCGUAUGUGGCUGUUUUAAAGUUUCGAGUCUCGUCCGUCUGGUGAGCCAUGUCUGCAGAUGAGGGCGCGGUGGAAGCGUUGCUGUGUCUUGAUGAGUUAUCGGUCGAGGUGCCUUUUGUAGUAUUGGAAAGAUUGCUGCCCCUUUCAGUCCGUUAGCAAGAAGCUUUAGGAGGAGUGUGGGUAAAAGGCUCUGCCUUUCGCAGGAAAGAAAAGGAGCUAACUUACCGGUAUCCAGUCAUGCCAGCAAACAUAUUAUCGUCAUUGUCAGUAACCGUGGGUUUACGUCGAAUGGGCGACUGAGGAGAAGGGUACGAAAUGGGAGCCGCCUGGUUAGGGGCAUGCAUCGUCUGGCUAUAUCGGGCGUUCACCUGCGGUGCAGGAACCGCAUCAGGUCUCUCCAUCACACGAAAAGAUGGUGACGGAGGAACAGCAUUAUCGUUAACGUCGUUGAGACCAAUGGUAGACUUCCGGCGGAAGCCAACGGAAAAGCGACCCAUUUUGACUGGUGAUUUGGCGAGACCACGGAGCCGUGAGGUAUCAACGAGGUUAAAAACAAAAGCGAGGCGCCUUUGUCAGUCUAAAUCAAAGUCGCUCGAGGCCCGAAUCAGUUCGUACUGAGUUGGAUCGGCGUGGCCUUGGGAAUACGAGGUCCCACAAAGCUGUUGAAUUCAAAUCAACGAACGUAAAAAUAUGGUUCAACGGUCGCAGCGAGAUGAAUUGCGCGUUGAAAGAAGUUCACCGAAGCAAUUAUAGAGCACGCAAAGGCCGCCUGCAGAAAAAAACCAAGGGUUAGCAACCAAGAAACAAACAAGCCGCCAGAGCUAGCAAUGGUGUGCGCACAGCAAGCAACAGCGUUGCUGGGUAUGUGUAGUAAUGAGAGCAACGAAGGAAAGGAAUUCAGCGACUGGGAAAAAAAUACCAAGCUCGACAACGGUGCAUAGGGGGCCGGUAAAGACCUGGGCGGGUAGUCUGAGACAAAAAGAGCCCACGCACCACAACGCAGCGAUGACAGGCCAGCACCAGGAGAGGCGGGUAUUAGGAACAAGAUUGGCCAGCAAGACACUGGGCCAAAAAGAACCAAGACAGCAGGUGAAAAAUUUACAGCGGCUAACCAAGACUUACAGAAAGUCGAUGGGAGCAACCAGAGAGGUCGCUAUGCUUUUUUUUCUGGUGGUAUCGUCGUCCGGUCUAGACAGCCCGGAGUUGCAGCCGAUCUGGGAAUCGAGAGCAGCGAUGGCCUGACGACAAGAUGGCUCGAUAGAAGUUCGAUUCGGGGUCGAGAGAGGGAACAAGCGAUGUUAUCUCGUCUGGUAAGAGUCGUUUUUUGUUCUUGUUUUUGCGCUGCGAGUCAAGCGUGCUGAGCGAGCGGAAUGGCGAUGCAACUCUGAGUAGCCUCAAGAGUCAACGUCUUUUUUGUGUUAUCCAGAAAAGAAGGAAACGGAAAGAAAGGAGCAACGAAUGUCGGGGAGAUCCAAAAAAGAAGGGAGGGCCGAGAGGAAGAGAAAAGAAUUAUCAAGGAAAAUAAAGAAAAUCUCCCAAAAAUACACAAAUGGAAAGAAAGAUUAUGGCUCGGUGCAGAAGGGGAGGGGGAAGAAAGAAGGAGAGCGAAAAAAAGAAGCCAGUGGGCGAGGCUACAGCGUCGCAGGCGGAGGAUCCAGGGGCCGUGCUCUACGGUGGGCAGCGGGUUGGAAAGGAGCAGACAAUGGGG